AUGAUUGUCCAAAACAAGCGUCAUACAGAGAUCAGGGAGAUUCUCCAAGACCUGAGGAUCCAGAAACAGCCAGCAUCUAGAUCCCCUACGCCAUGCCAUGUGAUUCCCUACUCGGCCAACCCUCUAUUCCACGGUCGAAAAGAGACUCUAGACAAGCUGAAAACCCAUCUGAUUGUCUCGCGUCAAAAGCGCGCUUCAUUUGCAAUCUCGGGUCUCGGUGGCGUUGGAAAGACACAGAUUGCACUCAAGUUCACUUAUGACAAUCUUGAUCGCUAUCCAAUUGUCCUGUGGAUGCAGGCCGAUAACAAACAGAAGCUUGCUGAGUCUUAUGCCAAUGCAGCCAAGCGUCUUCACAUUGAGCCCGAGGACUCGCAAAAGGAUGCUGAUGCUAUUUCUACGGUUCUCAAGACAUGGCUGAGCGAGUCAGACGUUGAGUGGCUGCUGGUGAGAAACAUUGUUCAUCACUCUCUUAACGUCUCGUGGAUCAAACAUCCACAGUUCAGACACCCACAAUAA